AUGUAUAACUUAUACGAAAUACUGCUCUCCGAAGUCGUCGUCAUGGAACCCAUCAGCAUUGCGUCCACCUUUGCCACGCUCAUUGGCUUUUCUAUGCAGCUGUAUAGUGCGUGCAAGGACUAUGUCGACGCCGUGCGGGGUGCCUGUCCGAAUGAUAUCAAGCUCAUUCUCGUCGAGACGAGCAGCUUGACCGCCAGCCUGAAGGCGGCCCAGGACCUUCUCCCGGCCAGCAACGGGCCAGAGGGGGAUAAGGAGAAACUUGAAGAAUCUCUCAAGGAGUGCAGACAUUGUAUCGAGCAGCUAAUAAAGAUGGUUCCAAAACCCAUGUUAAAGGCCGAAGAAAAGAAGCUCUCUAAAAAAGAGAAGGUCGACUUAUUCUUGAAGAUUCUCUCUUGGGGUCCAAGCAAGAAAGAGACCUGCGCCACGCUGCUCAGGUCCAUCAACAUGCACAAAGCAACUAUCAUCUUUCAUCUCACCGCCGAGAUAAGCCGCGACGUCAAGAGGAUCGGCCAGGAGGUGGGAAGUGUCAGGACGUCUGUCCAAGACAUGCAAGACAAGCUAAGCGCCAACGAACGAGCCGAGAUCUGCAUGUGGCUCGAGCAGGUCAACCCCUCGCGGAACCACAACAGCGCCGGCGAGGUGCGCGAGAAGGAGACGUGCCGUUGGUUGUCCGACUCCACUGAAUGGAGGAGCUGGAAGGACGGAUCCGGGUCCGGGUCCAAGCUCCGGCUGCUCUGGAUCCACGGCGUCCCCGGCGCCGGCAAGACGGUCCUCGCCCACACCAUGGCCGAGGAGCUUGCCUCGGAGGCGAGAUCCGACGGGCAUCUGGGCUUUGCAUACUACUACUGCUCUUACACGCGGAGUCGGGACGAGACGGCUCCCUUCCUGGCCUGGGUCGUGAGCCAGUUCUGCCGCCAGGCACGGUUCAUACCAGCCACUCUCCGCGAGCAGUAUGAAAGGAGACUCGAGCCGGGCAUUAAGGACCUGUACGCGCAUCUUGAGGCUGUGCUGAAUCGCUUCCACCGUGCCUACGUGGUGGUUGACGCCGUCGAUGAGAGCACCAAGCACGAGAACCUGGUCAACGUCCUCUGCACCCUCGGAUCGGACGCGCGGUUUGCCAAGCUGCGCCUCGCCGUCACCAGCCGGGAGAUGCAGGAUAUCAAGGCCGCUUUCCAAAACCGGGCCAUUGCUCUGCCCAUGGCCAACGGGGGCGUCAAGGAGGAUAUUCGACGAUACGUCGAGUCGAAACUAAAAGAGCGGCCGUAUACCCGCUGGAAUCAACAGCUCCGGGAACGGGCUGCCCAUCUUGUGCCGUCUAGGGCGGAGGGAAUGUUUCGCUACGCGGCCUGCCUGCUCGAGCUCCUGGCCAAGUGCGGCGACCCCGGGGCGGUCAGUCGGGAGCUAAAUCAGCUUCCGCCGACGCUUGACGCAACAUAUGUGCGCAUACUCGAGAUGAUCGAUCACAAGUCCAUCGACCAGUGCGUCCGCGCUCUCGCUCUCACCAUGGCCGCCAUCGAGGACGCGGGCCCGAUCCGGGCCGAGAACCUGGUGGCAGGGGUGACGGGGGGCGCCCGAGAGAGCUUCACGACCAUCGAGGAUAUCUGUAACGACUGCAUCUGCCUCCUCGGGCUCAGCAACGACGGGACGGUCGAGUUGGCACACUACACGGUCCGCGAAUUCCUGGGCUCCGGCCGGCUCCCGCAACACCUGCGCGCCUUUGCCCUCCCCGAGGAGAAGGCGAGGCAUAUGUACCACAAGACGCUCAUGGCGACGGCCGUCAAGUUCUCCGGCACUCCCAAUGUCCGGACGAUGCGGCAGGACGACAACGGCAUCCCGGUCGAGUUCGGCCCGUACGCCGUCUGCCAGACCCGGGUGGCCAUGUUUUGGCACCGAGAGGAGCUCCUGUCGGACCCCGAGACCAGGAAAAUGCUCAUCGACCUCCUCAACCCUUACGCUGCUUGCUACCCCGGCCUGCAGCUCCUGGGCCAGGACGGACAUAGCGACAGCGCCCACUACCACCUGUUCGAGUGGCUGACCCGAUUCAAUCCCCACGCGGAGGGCGCCGAGAGGACCGCUGCCCAUCUGACCAUGAUCGCGAGCAUGCGUAACCCCGACCUGGUGACCACCUUCUUGGGGUCGAUAAUAGGGGGGGACAAGCAGAAGGCGGCGGCCUUGUUCAGCACCGAGAUGCAAGUUCUCCUGCCCGCCCAGUGGGCCAUUUUCCGUAAGACCGGCACGUACGACCAACACCCCGAGCGCGUCACCGUCCUGAGCUUCUACGAGCAAGGCCGGGCGCGCGGUUACCAUACCGACGAGGUGCUCAAGAUGCUCCGCCACAUGUUAUCCUCUCACCAGGCCAACAAGGAGAGCAGACCCGGCGCGGGAAGUGGUAAAAGGAGUUCGAGCCAUAGCACGCACGCCCCUCGCCCCGAGAGCAGGGGAUCGACGAGCUCCUCCUCCUCCCAUCAUGUCACGGCGACCCCCACGACUACUUCCGCCAAGGGAAAGGCCCCCGUCCCGGAUCCAGGACCAUCCGAGCUCGACAAGCUCUCAGCUGCACGCACCAGCGGCUCCCCCGAGCAGAACGCCCAGCGCUACUACGGCGACCGGCGGCAGUAG